AUGCCUCCAACAUCGACUGGAGGGGUUUUUAGCGCACUCCAAGCAGACAGCGUUCCACUUGAAGUGCCUGAAUUCACCUCCUGUCAGUUAGAUCAACUGGCUCCCAUGCUGGCUGAAUACGGGCUCGGGCCCAUGAAAGACCACCUCCGCGAACAAUGGCUUGCGAUGAACAAAGACGAAGCGAAGCCCCUCGUCGAAGCGAUGAUCCGAAGCAUGAUGGAACAUGCCAACAGCCCAGCUAACUACUUCAAGAAAGCAUACAAGGCACAAGUCGACAACCUCUUAUCCAACAACUGCCAUCACGUCACGGAUUGGACCUGGACAGCGCUUGAGAAUGCUCGUGAGGAGAUCAUGCAGGUUGCCUACAUCCAAGACCACUAUGGACUGCCCGCUAUGACAUCUUGGGAAACUGUUGGGAUUGUCUUCUGGUUGCUGUGUUCACGAAUGGUGACCGAGGGCGAUGAGGCAGUCGAGAACAUGGUGGAGCGGUACCAUCUCCUCGACAAGAUACCGACCGCUAUUAUGGCAUUCCAGGUCAACAAGAGUUGUCGAAGUGGCGUCUUCAUCAUUCAAGAUUGCCCCAGCGAUGUCAGUGGCCCACUCUCGAUCACACCUUUCACGUGCAUCGAAGAACUCCGGGAGAUCGACUGCCUGCCUCGAGUUGAGUUUUCGACCAAGCCCAACGGCGGCCUCGAACUCAUGACCGUAGAUUCCCGAGUGAAGAGACAGGACCAGGUUGAACCCAUUCGCCCACCUCCAUUCUUCAUCGACGUGGAAGAGGAACAGGUCUGGCAUCGCGACAUCGUGUUGACAAAACACAAAGACCUUUUCGAUCAACUGGCGAUCCGGAAGGAAACUGAUUCAGGACUCGCGGAGCAAGUCAAAGCUCUGGAAGAGGGAGAGAUUGCAGUUCUACCACUUGAUGUCAAAGCUGAGAUCUCCUUCUUUGCUCAAAGAUUCGGUCUUGCCGACAUUAUCGCCAUCCUCAAUGAAGCGAAUGACGCCAAGAUCACACACACCACCAUGGUCACCGUGGAGAGAAUCAAGCCGGACAUUUGGUCUGGGAACUCACUUCGAAAAGCUGCAGCCAUCCUCGGCACAAUGGCUUCGACUGAUGAGAAUUCCGACGUGGGAAAGAUGAUGGCCAAGAUGAGCCAGAUUACACAUGAAGCGGCCCGUCUCGUCAAGCGCGACAUCGAUGACCUUCACGCCAUGACUGAGCGCCGUUUCUGA